AUUCUACCAAAAACAAAGGAAACAAAACAAAAGAAGAAACAUAAAGUAAAGCAAAAAUGGGUAAAAGUGUAAAUGUCACUGGUUUCAUCAUUCAUAUGAUGAUUUUCUUGUUGAUUUUAACAGGAAUAUAUGGACAAAAGCAUAAGAGGAGAGUGCUUCAAGUACCGAGCCCCUUACACGCGUGGAUCUUGUGACAAUUAUAAACACGUCAAGUCCGCAGUAUGCAAAAAAGUUUGCCAACGUAGAAAGGAUUUUGAUGGAAGAUGUGAACUUUUUCAGGACGAAAGAGGAUUGCAACUAGGUUGCUUAUGUUUUUCUUCGGAUUGUAAGUGACAAUUGCAAACUUCAAAUCCUAUGUGCAACAAUAUUGUUUAUUAUUACCAACCAUCAAUAAUAUGUCAUUAGGACUUUGUGGUAUACAUAUCAUAUGAUAUAUCCAUCAUAUGCUAUCUUCAAAUCUUAUGUAUAAGAAUAUUUAAUUUUUUCGUUAUUAGUGUAACGCCCGUGAACCGGAAAAUCGGUUAGGAUUUGUUUUUAAA